GGUGCAACGGGGCGGGGCGUGUGCGGACGGAGAGGAACCGGCAGCCCCGGGAUGGUGCUGCUGGAGAGCGAGCAGUUCCUGACGGAGCUGACCAGACUCUUCCAGAAAUGCCGGUUGUCGGGCAGCGUCUUCAUCACCUUGAAGAAGUAUGAUGGUCGAACGAAACCCAUCCCAAGGAAAGGUUCUGUGGAGGGCUUUGAGCCCUCAGACAACAAAUGUCUGUUAAGAGCUACUGAUGGGAAGAAGAAGAUCAGCACGGUGGUGAGCUCCAAAGAAGUGAAUAAGUUUCAGAUGGCCUAUUCAAACCUGUUGAGAGCCAACAUGGACGGACUCAAGAAGAGGGACAAAAAGAGCAAGAGCAAGAAGAGCAAAGCGGCGCAGUGAGAGAGAGGCAGGGAAGGUCCUGUUCCCACCACCUAACCACUGAAUUGCUAGUCUUCCUUUGUUUUUUUUUCCCUUUUGGCCACAAAGCUAGGUUUCUGGCUCCCCAUAGCUACUGUUUUCAUGUGCGAUUAGGGUCAUCUGGGAGAGAAGGGUUGAGUGUUUACAGGGUAGUUGUGGUGAGAAGCCAGUUUAUUUUAGAUCUGGUUGAUUGGUCUGUGUUGCAUGGUUGUAUUUUCCUGGAUUAUAGCUUAAAAGUCUCCGUAGUCAUCUCUGUGAAGUGCAAUGUAUCAUUAAACCUGUCUAUGAGCAUA